CUACUGUAGAAACAGCAAGCUAUUAUAGAGGCACUUGUCUUCUUCUCCAGAUUAUCACCGGUCAGUGUACGGAUCCACAAAAUCAGAAGAAGAAGAUGAUGAAGCUCAAAGUGUAUGCAGAUCGGAUGUCACAGCCGUCUCGUGCUGUUAUCAUAUUCUGCAAGGUUAAUGGAAUCCAAUUCGAGGAGGUUUUGAUCUCCUUGGGGAAGAGUCAGCAAUUAUCACCUGAAUUCAAAGAAAUUAACCCAAUGGGGAAAGUUCCAGCUAUUGUUGAUGGCAAACUUAAGCUCUUUGAGAGUCACGCUAUCUUGAUAUAUCUUUCCUCAGCAUUCCCAAGUGUAGUUGAUCAUUGGUACCCGAAUGAUCUUUCCAAAAGAGCCAAGAUUCACUCAGUCUUGGAUUGGCAUCACACCAAUUUACGCCCUGGUGCAGCUGGAUAUGUUCUGAAUAGCGUUCUAGCUCCAGCUCUUGGUCUUCCUCUGAAUCCGAAAGCAGCUGCUGAAGCUGAGAAUAUACUAACAAAGUCUCUAUCCACUCUAGAGAGUUUUUGGCUUAAGGGAAAUGCCAAGUUCUUGCUCGGAAGCAACCAACCAUCUAUAGCUGAUUUGAGCCUUGUAUGUGAACUGACACAACUGCAGGUUUUGGAUGACAAAGAUCGUCUUAGAUUGCUCAGCCCUCAUAAGAAAGUUGAACAAUGGAUUGAGAAUACGAGAGAGGCGACAAUGCCUCACUUUGAUGAGGUCCAUGAGGUCCUUUUCAGAGCCAAAGAUAGAUUUCAGAAGCAUCGAGAGAUGGAAACCGCAUCUAAAUCGGGUCCUCAAUCUAAGAUUAUCCAAUUUAGUAGUAUUGGUGGGAAGAGUGAUGAUCCAAACCUCGUUCAAAACACAACCGAUCGUAGAAAAACAAGACGCAAAUGGAGACCACCUGAAGAUGUCAUUCUCAUUAGUGCUUGGUUAAAUACUGAUAAGGGUCCAACUGUCGUUGAUGAUCAAAAAGGAUGUGCUUUUUGGAAGAGAAUUGGUGCAUAUUUUUCAAAUAGCGCUUCACUUGCAAAUCUACCAAAGCGAGAGGGGAGUCACUGCAAGCAAAGAUGGGCUAAAAUUAACGACCGCGUCUGCCAAUUUGUUGUAUGUUAUGAUCAAGCUUUGAAUCAAAGAACUAGUGGUCAAUCUGAAGAUGAAGUUUUCAAAGUUGCAUACCAAAUCUACUACAACAAUUACAAGAGUAAUUUCACACUUGAGCAUGCAUGGAGGGAGCUGCGACACAAUAAAAAAUGGAUUAGUUCAAACACCUCUGAAAAUCCUAAGGGUGGUGGAAGCUCAAAGAGAACAAAGUUGAAUGGAGGUGGUGUAUAUUCUUCAAGCUCUAAUCCGGAGAGUCAGCCUAUAGCUCUAGAUGGAGAGGAGGAAGUUAUGGAUCGUCCUCUUGGUGUGAAGUCAUCAAAGCAAAAAGGGAAGAAAGUUGCAACUAAAACAACGAUUGAAGAAGAAAGGGAGGCCAAUUCUCGAUCAAGACUUGAGAACUUGUGGGCACUGAAGGAGAAAGACGUAGAAGAGCAAAAGAAACUAACAAGGAUGGAAGUCCUUAAAAGUCUUCUUGGAAGAACAACAGAUCAACUUUCUGAAAAAGAAGAAACUUUGAAGAACAGGCUCAUUGAUGAGAUGCUCUAAUCUCUAUGUUCUCCUUGUGUUUAUCUCUGUAUUUUGUCUAUGUUAUUAGUAUCAAGAGUCUGUCUGUUUCUUAUCAAAGAUAAAAGUAAAAUUCUAGGGUUAUGCUUUUAUUAAAACAGAAAAUUUCAAGUAAUCAAAAUCACGAAAAUCAUGAAUU